GUGCACGAGUUAUGUUGACUGCAAAUAUAUGGACAGAAGCUGGUUUAGUCAAUGGCUCAUUAGGAACCAUACAUGACAUAUUAUUCGAAGAACCAGGUCCUCCAUGCGUUCCUACAGCAGUUUUUAUAAGCUUUGAUGAUUACAAAGGCCCUACAGUCACUAACGUAGAAGGCGUAAAAGUUGUUACGAUUACUCCAAUUCGACGUAACUGGGAAGACCUUGGUGGCAAAGAAUUUGCGGCCGGUCUUUCGUUCGUCGCAACUUCUCGGGUCCGUACUCUUAAGGAUCUCCUUUUCAAACCGUUCAGUUUUGAAAGGCUGCAGAGAAUUAAAGAGUGUAAAAGGCUGCAAGAAAGGAAAAAAGAGGAGGAACG